CGGAGGCGGCCGGAGCCCGGGCUGGAGUUUGGCUGGUUGCUGAGCGCUGCCCCGGUGCCGAGCGGGCUAUGGGCGAGGCCGACCCCUUGGUCUCGGGGCAGAUCGCGGCCUGCCGGAGCUGGUGCUUGCGGCGGCUGGGGAUGGACCGUGAGUGGCUGCAGCUGGAGGCGGGGAGUGAGGUGACUAUUGGACGGGGAUUUGGUGUCACAUACCAGCUGGUAUCAAAGGUAUGCCCUCUGAUGAUUUCUCGAAACCACUGCGUUCUGAAGCAGAAUCCUGAGGGACAGUGGACGAUUAUGGACAAUAAGAGUCUGAAUGGUGUUUGGCUGAACAGAGAACGUCUGGCACCGCUCCAGGGUUAUUGCAUCCGUAAGGGAGACCAUAUCCAGCUCGGAGUGCCGCUGGAAGACAAGGAGACCGCAGAGUAUGAGUACGAAGUUAUUGAAGAAGACGUGGAGAGUCUGGCUUCCUGCCUUGCGCCCAAGAAUGACCAGACGACGGAAAAGCAUAAAGGCUUGAGAACUAAGAGGAAAUUCAGUUUGGAUGGGCUAGAGAGUCUUCCAGCUGAGGGCCCCUCAAAUCUCAGAUGCCCACUGGCUAAAAUCUCCAGUAAACCCAUUGAGCCAGAGAAGUUACACGGCAAAGGUGAAGCGGCAAGUCGGCCCUUGCGAUGUUUGUGUCCUACGUUGACCUCCCUUGAGGCCAGUGAGGGGACCACUGGGCCUCAUGCUCGCUCUACUCUUCCAAAGGUCCUCGAACUCUGUCCUAAGAAGCAGAAGGCCUGCAGCCCAUCAGCGUCUCAGAGCAGCUUAGAACUGUUUAAGGUGACCAUGUCCAGGAUGCUGAAGCUGAAAACACAGAUGCAGGAAAAGCAGAUCGCUGUCCUGAACGUCAAGAGGCAGACUCGGAAGGGGAGCUCCAAGAAGAUAGUGAGGCUGGAGAAGGAGCUGCGAGAUUUACAGUCUCAGCUGUACGCAGAGCAGGCUCAGCAGCAGGCAAGGGUGGAGCAGCUGGAGAGGACUUUCCAGGAAGAGGAGCAUUUCCUCCAGGGUUUGGAGAAAGAGCGAGGAGAGUGCGACCUGAAGCAGCAGCUGGUGCAGGCGCUACAGGAGCAUCGGGCUCUAAUGGAAGAACUGAACCGCAGCAAGAAGGACUUCGAGAAAAUCAUUCAGGCCAAGAACAGAGAACUGGAGCGGACCAAGGAAGAAAAGGACAAGGUCCAAGCGCAGAAGGAGGAGGUUCUGAGUCAUAUGAACGACGUGCUGGAGAACGAGCUGCAGUGCAUCAUCUGCUCGGAGUACUUCAUCGAGGCUGUCACCCUGAACUGUGCCCACAGCUUCUGCUCCUUCUGUAUCAAUGAAUGGAUGAAACGGAAAGUAGAGUGUCCCAUUUGUCGAAAGGACAUUGAGUCCAGAACCAACUCCCUGGUUCUGGACAACUGCAUUAGUAAGAUGGUGGAUAACCUUAGCUCAGACGUGAAGGAAAGAAGAAGUGUCCUUAUUAGGGAACGGAGAGCAAAGAGACUGUCAUGAAGGUUAUGCUCCAAGGACAUGUGAGAGACUCUAGGGGGAUGGCGGCUCGGUGUGUUCUAGAGGAUUCCCUGAGGCUGCUCUGGACAGCAUCUGGAAGCCAUGCGCUGUGGAGACUGAGUUAGGAAGUCUGUCACUGGCCUGCCAUCGUGCUGGCCCUGCCGACACCACCGUCUUAAAUGCUGCUGGACUCCGGCUCUGACCGCCCGCCUCACUACGCAUUGAAUGAGUUCUGUGUUUCUUAAUUUGUUGAUUGUUUUUGGCACCUCACACACCCUGUUGACAUGGUUGUGGACAGUUGAGUGUACCCUGUGGCCUGGUUUACCUUUCUAUGAAAACAAGAUGUCAUUUCUUGGAAAUAAAACAUAUAAAAGCCACAGUUGCUCGUG